CUCAACUUUGGUAUAUAGUAUAUACUAUUCAAAAAUAUAUAAACUACUGUUUUCAGUGGUUUAAUGGCAAAAAACUACACUUUUGCGUUGGACUGGCGCGCUGGGGACGGACGGCCCUUGGCGGCGAGUAGACAGGUUGUGCCUGGCCCACUGAGCUGCAACACCCGCUACAACAUAGUUAGUAACCAAGGAAAACCUAUCAGUUAGAGUUGUGAACUUCUACAGUUAUUGGUUUAUAAACAUGAGAAUCAUUCACUGAGACAACUUUUCCUAUUCUCAUAUCCAAAGACAAUGGGCAUACCACAUCUAACACGGCACUUGCUCCCAUAUUCAAAAGAUGUCCUAUUGGCAAGGGGGAAACAAAGAGAGGGAGAUGACAGCAUCCAGUUGGUUGUCAUUGACGGGCCCAGCUUGGUCUACCAUGUCUUCCAACGACUGUUGUCUAAAUCAAACACAAAACUCGGAAUUCUAGAUGCUCAGCCGACUUGCGAUGAAGUCAGUCUCGGGGUAAUGGUCUAUCUCCUGCAGCUAAAGCUCCUUGAUGUGAAAGUGACCAAGAUCUGCUUUGAUGGAGCUUUGCCUAUAACGAAACGAAAGAUAAGACUUUGUCGACUGGAAAAAUCAAGGAAGAAACUUGAACAAUUUCACUCACAAAACCGGUUGGGAUUUGCAAAACCAGACGAUUCAGUCGAAGGCAGCACUGUUGAUCCUACAAAGGUUCUACAGAGCCGAGCCAUACCUGUCAAAUACAAUGGCCUCCCUGAAAACCCGUUUAUGGUGUCUACUGUUUUUGAAGACCUGAGAAGAAGAUGGAACAAAGCAAAUAUCCUGAUGGCAGUGCAAGACACAUUUUACUUCAACCACCGUGAGCUUGGAGAACAAGAAUUUCCCUGGGCAGCCAUUACUGUAAUGGUCCCGGGGGAGGCAGAUUCCGAGUGUGCUCGCAUGUCGAGGCUUACAGGUGCCGCUGUACUGACCAAUGAUUCAGAUCUUCUUCUUCAUGAUCUUGGAUCUUACGGUUCGGUACUGUUUUUGGAUUCGGUCGAACUUAGUGAAUGGGAUCCAUCUAGACCAACAGAUUCCAAGGUCAGAGCCAGAAGAAUCUGUCCUGCAUCGCUUUCCAGCCGAUUGGGAAUUAAAAGUGUCCGAUACCUUGCAUAUGAAUUGAGUCAGAAUCCACAAUUUGGUUUAUCAGAGCUCAUUAGGCGAUCGAGAGAUAACUGCGACUUUCUCGACCUCGAACCUGACUAUCAACACUUUCUUGAGGAGUAUGACUACGGGCCAAACAGCCGAGCGAUAGUCCAGCACCCCCAGGACCUUGACCCAAGAUUAUCAGAAAUAUUCUUGCAGUACGACACUGGAAAUGUUCAUUUCACUGGGGGCUCUCCGCAUAUGUAUCUUGCUAUUUUAAGUGAAGACCAUUCCAGGAGAUGUGCAUGGGAAGAAGGUCGUACGUACAGAGCUCUCGGCUAUUCGGUCUUCAACUUGUGCCGUCCGUUCGCGGAAAGAUACCAAUUCGUGGAGGAAUACGUUCGGAGAGGUGGGAGAAUAGCUAUAGACCGGAUAACAAUGGGUGAUGAAGGUUGGGUGGCAAGCGAGAUGCAUUCCUUUUAUACACGCUUGAGCUUUGCUCAAGUUGCGUUUGGCGCAAAAGUUUCGUCCUCGUGCUUCUGGAGGUUAUUCGCGAUGUGUGAGCUAUUUUGGGAUGAAACAAACCAUACUGCACCCCUCGAAGUUGAUCGAUUGUGCAGGUUCCUUAGGUUCGGCUAUAUGGGGAAUUCAGUUGGCUGGGCAGAUGUCCAUCUUUACGCUCAGAUUAAUGCCGUGUUGUACUCAUUAAGGAUCUUGAAACAGCUCCUCGGCCUUGUGACAGUGACUGAAGAGCCUGUGUCGAGGGUGAAGUCUAUAAUUGCAGCUCUCCCACCAUUGCAUGUUAUGAUGAGAUCAAGACGCGAAAUGAUAAGAGAAUAUCCCGAGGAUUUCUCUGUUGAGAAAGCCCUGCAACGCUUCUCUCUUCUUUCCGGCCAACAUGUGCAAACCGAUGAGGAAAUGCGGCCACCAUAUUCCACAUCACAAGAUCAGGGAAGCCCUAAGUCUAAUUGCGUGAAGCAUGUUCAUAGGUCGAAGUCAAACUUAUAUGAGAUCCUCUCUCCAGAAUAAAUAAUGUUGAAUCCUCC